UAACUUGAUAUAUUGAUUCGGGUUAACUUUCCCCAAUCACAAAGUCCUUUCGUUGACGCUUUUGCUCUUCGAGAAGCUCCGCUUCGCCUCCGAUCAGGGUUUCACAGGGUUUGAUCUUCGAAUUUCAAAAUGCCUGCCACAGCAGGAAGGGUUCGCAUGCCCGCGAACAAUCGGGUGCAUAGUAGUGCUGCCCUUCAAACCCAUGGUAUAUGGCAGAGUGCAAUUGGGUAUGACCCCUAUGCACCCAACAAAGAGGACAACAAGACUUCUGCGCAACCCAAUUUGUCGAACUCUGAACCAGACGCUGAGAAUGCGUAUGCGAGCUUCCAGGGCCUCCUUGCGCUUGCCCGUAUAACUGGGUCCAAUGCUGAUGAGGCUCGUGGGGCUUGCAAGAGGUGUGGCCGUGUUGGGCACCUCAACUUUCAAUGCAGGAACUUUCUGAGUGUUAAGGAAGACAAGGAGAAAGACCCAGACACGAUUCAGGCUGAUGUUGCGUCUGAAUUGGGUAAGUUGAAGAGGAAGCUGGGUAGGACAAAUGGGAAAAACGUGACUGAGAGUGAAGAAAGUGAGGAUGAGGAUGAAGACAGUGAGAGUUCAGAUUCAGAUUAUGAUUCAGAGAUUGAGAAGAUCAUUGCUCAAAGAAAUGGGAAAAAGGCCGGUAGAAAGGAUUCUAAAAAGAAGAAUGAAGACUCAGAUGGUGAUGGGUCAGAUACGGAUUCCGGGGAAAGGAAGAAGAGAGGAAGGUCAAAGAAGAGGAGUAGCAAGAGGAAAUACAAUGAUGAUUCAGAUGAUUCAGAUGAAGGUAGGAAGAAAAGAAGGAAGGAAAAGCGGAGGAAGAGGGAUGAGUCCUCAGACGAGGAUGGUGAGCGCCGGCGGCGGCAUAGGAAGAGUAGGAAGGAGAAGAGGAGGAGAAGUCAUCGGUAUUUGGAUGAUUCUGAAUCUGAUUCGUCUGAAGAUUCUCAUUCUCGUAAACACCGCAGUCGGAGGAGCAGAAAGGCAGUCACACCAUCUGAUUCUGAUGAUGAUUCACGGGUAGGUAGGGGCAGGAAGCGAUCUGAGAAGAAGAGCCGGAAGCGCCAUCAUGAGGAUGAUGAAUAAAUCGAUCUAGGAAUGGUCUCAAACUGUGUACCCCAGGAAGCCAGCUUGAAUCUAUUUAGUUUGCAACAAUAUGCUAUUGCAACCUUUGUAUUGAUUCUGUUCAUUUGCUUGGACAUGCUUCUGUUGUAUUUUGCUGUUUUGCUUUAUGAGAUGAAACUAUCACUUUGCUUAUUGGAAGUUUGAACGUUUCUGGUAUUAGUUCAUUCGAUCUUGUGCCGUUUUCUUGUGUGAACUAUUAUUUCAUCCUACUCUUUGAAUGA